AUGGCUUCCGGAGAUACCAAACUAGUCUCCGGAAUCUUAGCCACCGACCUUGAGUGGUGGUUCCACGGCCCUCAAAAUUGCCACCACAUGAUGAGGAUGCUCACCGGAGAAGCUCCACACACGGAGUUCAACUUUGAACCCCGAAGUGUUACCACCAUCGAUGAUCAUACAGUGAUCGUUGAGGGUUACGAAGGUGCAAACGUGUAUUGGGUACAUGUUUGGGUUCUAAAAGACGGGUUAAUAACCCGGUUCAGGGAGUAUUUCAAUACGUGGCUCACAGUUAAGGAGUUGAGGGUGAGGCCGGUUGGUUGGCCACUUGGCUGGUCGGGGAAGGAGAACCGGUCCACUGUCUGGCGGAGCCAACCUCGAGAUCUUUUCCGGCGGUCGUUACCGGGGCUAAUGCUUGCCAUUUGA